AUGGGCAGGCUCGGCCAUGAGCUGGUCAUCGCCCAUUUCAGUCACCCCCACCCUUUGGAGCUCACCUCCCUUCAUCGGCAACCGGCGACCUCCUGCGCCGGCUGCUCUCGCGAUCUCUCCGACCGCGCCUACUCGUGCAAGACAUGCGGGUACGCGCUCGACGUAUCCUGCGCCCAGAUGCCGCAGCGCGUCCGCCACCCGGCCGACGCCAGCCACAGUCUCACCCUCCUCACCGCCGGUGGCCCCUUCCGCUGUAACGCGUGCGGCGCCGACGGCUCCGCGUUCUUCUACCACUGCGGCGAGUGCGACCUCAACCUGCACUGCUCCUGCGCCGCCAUGCCGCUGUCUGUGGUCCACGCCGCCCACCUCCACCCUCUCACCCUCUUCUUCUUUCCUCACUACGAGAACAGGGGCUUCUCCUGCGACAUCUGCGGGCACCCCGGCUCGUACCAGUGGGUUUACAGCUGCGCCAUGUGCGGGUUCGACGCGCACGUCGGGUGCGCGACGGCGGAGGAGGCGCAAGCGAAUCCCCCAUGGCACGAUUCCGAAGGCGGCGGCAGCGCCCCACAUUUAGCUCUGCAGAAGAUGGAAACCGGCGUGGGUGUUCGUAAGAUCGACAAACGCAAAGCAAAGAGGAUAGCGAAGAGAGUUGCCGUAACAGUGGGGACGAGCUUAAUCUGCACUAUCCUAUAG